AUGCAACAACUCGGCACACAGUCGGCUUCUUACGCUGCCGCCUUCCCCGCGCUCUCUGAGGUGUACAGCCUCUCCAACUUUCUCGAGCCGGAGGAGGAGUCAACAGGAGCACCAGGAAGGCUCGGAAUCAGCAGCAGCAGCAGCAGCAGCAGCAGCAGCAGCAGCGGCAGCAGCAACAGCGGCGAUUCCGCUGCUGCGCCUGCUGCUGCUGCUGCUGCUGCAGCCGCAGCACCGCCUCCUGAGCCAGCAGCGGCAGCAGCACCACCUGAGCAACGGCCACCUUCUUCUGGGGCUUGUUUUGCUGCUGCUUGUGCAAAGACACAGCAGCAGCAGCAGGCCCCGCCCGUUGCUGCCCCGACCCCGCCGGGCGUAGCCACAACCACCACCAGCAGCAGCUGCAGCAGCAGCAGGAACACAAGCCUCACCGCCGCGAAAAGCAGCAGCAGCAGCAGCAGCAGCAGCAGCAGCAGCAGCAGCAGCAGCGGCAGCCUUUCCUCGCCCCCAGUCGGCCCCCGGGCCUCAGCAGCUGUCCGUACACCUGAGCCUUCUUCUACGGCUGGUUUAUCUGCAAAAGUUUAUCGCACUCAUUCGAGUCCCUUGAAGCCAAUCAGCAUGCAGCAGCAGCAGCAGCAGCAGCAGCAGCAGCAGCAGCAGCAGCAGCAGCAGCAGCAGCAGAUGUCUCCCCCGCCCUCUCCUCCGCAGCGCCGGCCGAAGCACUUUCAAGAAAUCAAAAUAAUAAAUUCCGAAGAACGCAAAAGUCCCAACUUUUCUCGCAAGCAGUUCAGCAGUGCCCACGGGCUGCCUCCCCCCCCUGCUGCAGCAGCAGCAGCAGCAGCAGCAGCAGCAGCAGUUCAGCACAACUACCCCCACGCGCUGCACCCUCACCCCCACUCUCACCCUCAUUCUCACCAGCAGCAGCAGCAGCAGCAGCAGCAGCAGCAGCAGCAGCACGUGCUGCAGCGUGCUGCAGCACGGCAGCAGCGGCAGCCGCCCCCCAGCGCAUUUGCGUUUGGGGCUUCGCUGCGGAAGGCCGGCGCGGGUGUGCAUCAGCAGCAGCAGCAGCAGCAGCACCUGCAGCAGCAGCAGCAGCACCUGCAGCAGCACCUGCAGCAGCAGCUGCAGCAGCAGCUGCACCCUCCGCCGCCGUACCCUCCGCAGCUGGAGAGCAGCAGCAAACCCUUCCACCGCAAGCCCAGCAGCAGCAGCAGGCUGCCGUAUCCGCUGAACAGCCUGUGUCUGCAGCCCGUGGGGGACGGCAGCUUCCGCAGCAUUUUGCGGCAGCAGCAAAAGGAAGUGCAGAAGCAAAGAGUGGCGGGAGUGGAUGUGCUGCUGCUGAGCGACGGCAGCAUUUUGCCGCGGGUGGAGGGGGCCCCCCUGUGCAGCUUGCUGCAGCAGCGGGGGCCCCCCGCGCUGCUGCUGCUGCAGCAGCAGCUGGUUUGCUGCCUCCAGUUUCUCUACAAAGAAGGCAUAAAGCCCUUUGCAGGUGAAGUGGCUCAUCAACUCCGCAAAAAGACGGACAGCAGCAGCUGGGGGCCCCCCGAAGUCCUCGCUUUGGCCAUGAGCAGCAGCAGCAAAGUGCUGCCAAAAGUAGAAAAAAGAGUUAAGGGAGAAAAUGGUUGGCUGCUGCUGCUGCAGCCCGAGCUGGUGCCCGAGGGUUUCGCGGGGUUUAUAGACACCCGGGCCCGCGAGAACCAGUACACGCAGCAGCAGUGGCUCGAGUUCAACAAGUACUUCAUCGAGAAGUUGCGCAGCAAGAACGGGUCCGCAGCAGCAGCAUUUUGCGAAGGCCGCUACGCCUUGGCCGAGCAGCUGCGGCAGCAAAUCCCGGCCUUCAAAGACUGGCGACUUGGGGAUUUAAUUCGAAUGGUCCAAUUAGCUUCUUGGGCUGGAGUUUUGACUUAUAGAGAGAAAGCCUUAGUGCCAGUAGCUGCUUCUGCUGCAGCAGCAAGAGAGUUCCUGCUGCGGCAGCAGCGCGAAGCCUCCGCCCCCCGCGCUGCAGCAGCAGCAGCAGCAGCAGCAGCGCUGCUGCGCGUGCUGCGGCUCGUAGUGGACCCCGAACCCCUCGGGGUCUUUCUUGCACAACUUAAAGAUUUGGUCCAGUGGACCACUCGGGAGCGGCUGGACGCUGCGGUGUACGGACACCCCAAGCUGCAGGACCUGCUGCUGGCGCCGCCCUUCUCGCGCUUCUACCGUCUGUACACCCCGCGGGCCAACGAGCACUGCACCUUCGUCCAGGCCAAACACUUUUUGCUGCCAAAAGGUGCUGCGCUGCACUGCAGCAGCAGCAGCCCCUGGCAGCAGCAGCGCUGCCCCAUGGCCGAGCCCCCGCUGCUCCCCAGCAGCGCCGCCUGGAGCUUCCGCGCGCUCGUCCCGCUCCCCCAGCUGCAGCAGCAGCAGCAGCAGCAGCAGCAGCAGCAGCAGCAGCAGCAGCGGGAGAGGGACAGGGACAGGCAGUCGCCCUGGGCGGAGAGCGACGAGCAGCAGCAGCAGCACGGGGAGG